UUUUGCAGGCAAUUUAUGCCACAGACCUGUCUGACUUUCUCCAGUUUGUUGCUUGAAGAAACGGAAAGAAGCUCCCAGCACAAAUGGCCCAAUCUCCAGAAGAUGCUCCCCUGGAGAGGGGAAGCCUGGCAGGCAGUGAGGAGACCCUUCUUCGCCCUGCAGCACCAAGAGGAGGCUCUAACAGUCGCGCCUUGAAGAUAGCGGGUCUGACGACCUUGGCGUGCCUGCUGGUAGCCAGCCAAGUCUUCACUGCCUACACGGUGUUUAACCAAAAGCAGCAGAUCCACACUCUCCAGAAGAACUCGGACAGAAUGGGCAAACAGCUGACCCGCUCAUCCCAUGCCGUGUCUCCAGUGAGAAUGGCCAUGCCCAUGAACAGCCUGCCCCUCCUCAUGGACUUCACUGAGGACUCCAAGACACCCAAGACACCUUUGACAAAGGUGCAGGACAUUGCCAUUGUCAGUGUGGAGAAACAGCUGAUGGACCUCAUGCAGGACGCCGAGCUGCCUCAGUUCAACGAGACCUUCCUGACCAACCUGCAAACCCUGAAGCAGCAGAUGAACGACAGCGAGUGGAAGAGCUUUGAGACCUGGAUGCGCUACUGGCUCAUCUUCAAGAUGGCCCAGCAGCAGCCUGCAACCCCCACACCUCAGUCAGCGACUUUGAUCAAGACCAAAUGCCAGAUGGAGGCAUCACCCGGAGGCAGCAAGAUCGGUUCGUACAAGCCCCAGUGUGACGAGCAGGGCCACUACAAGCCAAUGCAGUGCUGGCAUGCCACUGGCUAUUGCUGGUGUGUGGAUACAGAUGGCAAUCCCAUCGAGGGAACCACCAUGCGUGGCCGUCCAGACUGUCAGAGAGGCUACUUUCCUCGUCGCAUGAUGGUCGCCCCCAGGCUGAUGCAGAAGACCUACAGCAUGGAUGAUGAAAAUGCCAAAUGAAGCAAAGCGUGAAGCCAGAUGUUUCUUUUCAUCGAGCAAUCUCUGCAAAUGAUAAACUUGAUGCUGUAGUUCGAUUAUUAAUGCUUCAAUCCCUGAUGAACUCCUUUUGCGUGUAAUGUUGUGAUUUUAACCAUUUUGGUGGCUGCUUGAAAUCAGAUCAGUAGAGGCCUGUUACACCUUGGUGCAUUUGGUGCAUUUAAUUUUUUUUUCUCUUUUUUAAAUUUUUGUCUUAAUGGCAGAUUUAUUUGGGGUCUAUGCAGAUCUACAUUAAGUACAUUAAAGUAUGUGAGUGUUAAAUAUGUUUGUUUCUGAUAAAGGCUUAAAGGGUCGGUUCACCCACAUCUCCUCCUCUUAUAAACAAUGCAGGAAAAUUAAAGCUUGUUUUGGUUUCUUACAGCAUCGAAAAAAAAAUGAACUUAACAAUGUAAAUGGUUUAAUUUCUUCCCCUGCUGGUCUGAUAAGCCAAACCUCACAGAAGCCAGUUUUUCAUCAGUACUAUUACUAGAAAGUAGUGCCCUGAAAAGAAACAAACAAACAAAAAGCUGGAAAUAUUGUUUCUGGAAAGAGAUGUUGCUAUUUUACAUAUAGAUUAUAAAUUUUGAUUUACAACUAGAAAUCUAGCUAGUAUAAAUCUGUUCUACAGACCAUGCACACCAUAGCCUUGGGUGAACCCAUCCUUCAGAGGAUGUGAAUAUGAUAAAGUUACUCUUUUUGGAAGUGUUUAUUUUAAGAAAGCUGAAUAAAGUUUUCCUAACAACACCGCUUGCAUUACAUCUUUCACAUUAUCUACAGGUAAGAGAAAUCACUGCUUAAGCUGUAAUCAAAAUAAGGCCUGAAUAAACUUUAACCUGAUUAGA